AUGACCUUUGCCCUCCCAGUUUAUAGGGAGCCAACGCUGAACAAGCGAUUGGCAAAUAUUUGAUCGGGAACUUGGUAAAUUCUGUUAAGCGCAAAUAAUGGCAGGGAGGGGACCGGCGUGGAGUUUGGGACGGGAUUGGAAGAGGCCCAGUAGAGUGGGUGUCUGUUUAUGAGUAAGGGGCGCACUUGGUGUUCUCGGGGGCAGGAAGGUGGGCUCUUAACGUGGUGACGUUGGAAGUGCCCCACCAGCAAUUGCGCUCCCCGCCACCACCACCACCCCUGCCCCCCAGCCCCGGCCGCCCGCCAGCACGGACCUCUGUUCACGGGAAACCGGCCCGAGGUUGGUGUGCAGUGAGACGCUGGCUGGUGUUGAGCUGCUCCUCCUGACCUGCUGUCGCGGCCCUCUGCCCGCAGGCUUCCUCCCAGCAGCCCAGACGCCCUGGGCCUCGGUCUCCUCGCCUGUCAGACGGGUUGGCGAGGGCACCCCUGUGCUUGACGGGCACGCGUGGGCAGGGGGGGCCCGGGAAGCCGGGGAGGGGCUGGUGCCUGCCUGGAGCGGGCGUGUGGGAGCAGGAACCGGACCGGCUGGCCGAUCCGGAGGCCUCUGCGCAGGUGCGCAGGCCCAGACUCGAUUCCCCCAGGAAACGGGAGCACCAGGGACGAGGUGGACAUGGGGCGUCCGCGGGCGGGCCCCGCGGGUGGGCGGACCAGGUGGUGUUUGGGGUUUGGCCCGCCACCACGGGUGGCCUUGUUGAGGCCUGCUGUCCUGUAGAUGACCCCUGUCUUCCUCUCAGAAGUGUCCCUGAGCAGGGUCGGAGGACGGGGACAGGACCUGGCAGCUGCCUCGGAGGGCCAUCAGGGUGAGGAGAGAAGGCCCGUGUGUGUCCCCAUCCUUGUGCACCCGCACCUUGUCCUCCACACAGAGCCUCUGGGGAGCAGGCUGGGCCCCCACCCACCCGGCGUGCUGUGCUGCUGCCGAGGGCGCCCAUUUCCCCCGCUGCUGCCGAGGCCCAGGGAGGCUCAGCCCUGCGCCUGGAGUUGAGACCCAGGGGCCCAGAGAUGAGGGCUGCCCCACAGGGCGGGAGUCUGGGGGUGCAGCAGGGGGCUGAGCCCCGGAGGGGCGGCUGGACGAGGGGUGCCAGACAGAGCCACACUGUGGGGCUCCCCGGCUGCACCUCCAAGCCUCCCGGCGCCGUUGGAGGCUGAAGUGAGGCGCACCCCCGGCAGGGUGGGCCCAUGUGUCACGUCGAUGGGCGCUUGCCGGCACUUAGCAGGCCCCAGGUGAUGCGAGGCCCCGGGACGGUGCUGCACCCCGGCAUUCAGCAGCAUGCGUGGGGCUCACAGACGCUGGGGAGGACAGAGGGGCGUGAAUGCGCUUUGUGUGGCAGCUGCUAAGACGCAGAAGAGAGUGCUGCGGGGCAGGGGCACUUGCCCACGGGGUCUGGGUGGGCCCAGUGACAUCUGAGGAGGGUUGCCCCUGGGGUCUGUGGGCUGGUGAGGUCAGGCUGGGAGCACGAGGGGCUGCAGGGGCGUGGGGAGUCUCGUCAGGUCUGUAUCUGGACCUGAGCUCACAUACCCCCCGCAGCUCUGCGCCCCAACCUUUUCUGGGGGCCCUGGGCCCGCCGAGGCCAGCAUCUCUCCAGCUCCCACCUCAGCGUCCCCGGCUUCACCACAUGCGCCUGGCCGGGGACCCUGGGUCUGCACGUGGUGUGAAAGGGCGUGUGAAGGGUGAGGCCUGUCUCUGAGGGCCCCAGCUGGCCGAGCACAGGGAGCAAACGCUCAGUAAACGUAGCACUGUAGCACUCGUCUGCCAGUCGGCGGCUGUUGCCGUGGUGAUGAUGACUGGAUGGCCCUCUUGCCGGCCAUCUCCUCAAGAUGAGGAGUCUUCGGCUAGGAACAGAUGGGGAGACCGAGGCUUGCAGCCGGGAGGUGAUGUUUGAGCAGACCCAGCUUCCAAGAGGGAGCAAGCCAGGAUUACAUCUGCCCAAGAUGCGAGUCUGGCUUUAUCGAGGAGCUUCCAGAAGAGACCAGGAGUGCAGAGAAUGGCUCGGCCCCCUCCACAGCCCCCACGGACCAGAGCCGGCAGCCGUUCGAGGUGAGCGGGCUACGGGCACUUUGCUUUCGGCAUCUUUGAUGACAGCUUCGAGAUUCCCACCUUCCCCCCCGGGGCACAGGCCGACGACGGCAGGGACCCCGAGAGCCGGCGGGAGAGAGAGCAGCACUCCCGGCACCGGUACGGCGCCCGGCAGCCCCGCGCCCGCCUCACCGCGAGGCGGACCACCGGCCGGCACGAAGGCGUCCCCACGCUGGAAGGGUGAGGGGGCCCGGGGGCGGCCGCGGGCGGGACGCUCGGGGCUUCGAGCCCGCCCCACCCCGCUCAGGCAGAGCAGCCAGCUAUCCUUCCAGGAGGUUCUGUGGGCACGGAGGUGUGGGUGCUGGCUCAGGGGCUGUCCCCUGGGCAGGGCAGUUCCCCGGUGGGUCCGGCUGGCCCGAGGAGCUGUGUGCCCACUGCCUGCCUGCCCUCCCCCACCGCCCCCGCCCCCAAUCGUCCUUCUCAGAGGGGCCUCCGCCCCAUGGGCAUCUUCAUCUGCUGAGAUGCGCUGGUCCACGCCCAGACGAGCCGUCCCGGGUGCAGGCGAGCAGUGGAUCAUCCAGCAGCUGGUCAACGGCAUCAUCACCCCAGCCACCAUCCCCAACCUGGGCCUGGGCCCCUGGGGCGUCCUGCAUUCAAACCCAAUGGACUACGCCUGGGGGGCCAACGGCCUGGAUGCGAUCAUCACGCAGCUCCUCAAUCAGUUUGAAAACACGGGUCCCCCACCCGCAGACAAAGAGAAAAUCCAGGCCCUCCCCACCAUCCCCGUGACCGAGGAGCACGUAGGCUCCGGGCUGGAGUGCCCCGUGUGCAAGGACGACUACGGGUUGGGCGAGCGCGUGCGGCAGCUGCCCUGCAACCACCUCUUCCACGAUGGCUGCAUCGUGCCCUGGCUGGAGCAGCACGACAGCUGCCCCGUCUGCCGAAAGAGCCUCACAGGACAGAACACGGCCACCGACCCCCCGGGCCUGGCGGGCGUGAGCUUCUCCUCCUCCUCGUCGUCCUCCUCCAGCUCGCCCGGUAACGAGAACCCAGCCAGCAGCUCCUGAGCGUCCCAGCCGACCCCCAGGGCGAGCACUGGGCUGCGGGUCGGGACUGCGGAUGCCGUGGACUCCCGCACCCCUCGCGCCCACGGACUGCGGUGCCGCCGGGGGGGCCCCCCCGCGGCACAGGCUUGGAGGACCCGCCCCUCCCGGCUGCUGAGGGAGCCCGGCCUCCCCAGGGCCGGGCGGGCCAGGCUAGGCACAUGCCGCCUGGGGCGUCUGACUCCCUUCCUGUUUGUCUCUGACCUCACCCUCUACGUGUUCGACGGCAGAAAGGUUUUUAUAAUUUUAAAUUAUUACUGCUUUGAAAUAAAUGGACGUUUGAGCUCA